AUGUUGAUCAAUAAUGAUGCAUUAAUAUGGAUCGAUUUAGAAAUGGAUGGAUUAGAUGUAGUCAAAAACUGUAUCUUAGAAAUUGCUUGUAUUGUUACUGAUUUCGAUUUAACAAAUAUUCAUCAAGGGCCUGAUCUUGUAAUUCAUCAUCCAAAAUCAUUACUUGAUGCAAUGGGACCAUGGUGUAUGACCCAUCAUACAAGAUCAGGUCUUGUUCAACAAGUAUUAGAGAGUAAUUUGUCUAUGUUUGAUGCUGAAACAGAAAUAAUAAAUUUUAUUGAACAAGUAACAUUAUUCUCGGAACAUAAGCAACGUCUUAUUCUUGCUGGCAAUACUGUUUAUUUUGAUAGAUAUUUUCUUGAAAAAGAUAUGGCCCGCUUACAUUCUUUACUUGAUCGAUCAAUUCUUGACUGUAGCACAUUAAACGAAUUAAUUUAUCGUUUUAAUGAAGAUAUUUGUUUAAAUGCACCAACUAGCAGUGGAAAUCUUCAUCGUGCAUUAGAUGAUAUUCGUAAUAGUCUCGAAGAAUUAAAAUAUUAUAAAAAAACAGCUUUUGAAGAAAAGCAGCAAACUCAACAGAUCGAAUUACCUUUCAAAGGACAUUUAAUGGGAUAUCUUAUAUGGAUAAAUAUUAAUUCAGCAAACAUAGUACAUUGCAUUUUAACUGAUAGUAACCUUAAUAUAAUCGAUGAAAUUACGGAUGGGAAAACAAAUGACGUUUUAAUGAAUUUUUUUCAUCGAAAUAAAAUUUAUGAAGAAAAACUUAUUGUUGUUGCUGGAAAUUUUUUAGGUUCAAUUAGAAGUCAAUUGAAAAAAAUAGCUCCUCAAUUUAAUGAAUUUUGUCAUUAUCGAUCAGUUGAUGUUAAUGUUGUUUCAAUUCUAUGUGAAAAAUGGUUUCCAAAUACUUAUGAACGACGACCUUUUAAGGAUGAUGAUGAUGACGAUAAUCAUUUAAAGAAUUCUAUAGAACUUCUUCGUUUUUAUCGUUCGACUAUAUUUAAAUAG